AUGAAGCUACCACGCCGAGUGCCGUGGUCCUCGCUGGCUGAAGUAGACGAAGUCUGCUCCUGGAUUUACGCUGACGAGAAUGACAUCGACACGAAAAUCCGUGCAAUACAGAGAUUAUCUGCAUGGAAAGCCAUCACACCUCUCCCCCAUGCGUUGGAAUCGACUCUCGCCAUAUUGAGCGUUGUCGUCGAAGACAACUCGCCUUCGACGUCUUCGCGGUCGUCGCUUUUCUUGCGACAGGCGUAUUCGGCCACUCUGAUUCGCCUCGUGAAUGGCUUGGUCGACCCGCUCCAACUCGGGGCGUAUGCGCGAUCGAUCGCAAGCAUCGCAGCGCAGCUAGGACUACCCGCGUGGUUGGUCGAGCUCCGUCAUGCUGCUACGCACGAAGAGUUGCCAAGUAUAGAAGUCCUUCGCGAGGGCGCGCGUCAGUCUAUGUCGUGGCUGCUACAUAACUACUUCCUACCCAUUCUCAACCCUUCGACGGCGGACCAGUCGACCCCGACCCUCCACCCUGUGCAACCCUUGCUGAAGCAGUACAAAUCCUUAUUGAAGAUAACUACGCGAGAUGCCUCUGUCGCUCUGCGCUUUCAGGGGCAGAUCACGAUCGUCCUGCGGAAUAUCGAACGGUGGUUGGGCGAGGCCAAGCUUGCUGCCCGGGCUUCCUCGGGCGACGUCUCUUGGGAUAUGAGCCGAAGUGACCAGACGGACCCCGACGACUCAGUUGAUUACACGGAAAAGUGGGCUCUCGAGAGUCUGUGCGACAAUCUCCUUGAAAAGGGCUUCCUAGUUCCGUUAUCAAAGAAAAAACGGCUACUUCCGAAAGACAAGUUCGAACCGCCGGCGUCCUCUGUCGCGCUGUGGACGCCGCUUCUCAAUUACUUGCAGCCGCUUCAUCCCGCGUUGCCUUCCGUGCUCGUGUCACGCAUCAUCGAUAUACUCCUUCGCGGAGAGCUUGCAGAUUCCACUGACACGGAUGCAAUUAUCCCUGAUGCCUCGUAUCUUGCUAUGUUAGCGCGAUGGGCGGCUUGGUUGAUCGAACGGCACGGGAACGAUGGCGAGGAUGGCUCCGCCACACUGCGGGAAGAUGCGCUCGUCAGCCUUGCCAAGGGAUUCUUAGUACAGGGUGAUGUUUCUUCCAACCGUAAAGCGUAA